UAAUGGCUACGCAUAAUAACCCGGAAAUGGAGUCACGUCUGUAAACUCUACAUGUGUUGGUUGUGGCUGUGCGUUUAGUGUACAUAUUCAGUCAAAUAGCUGAUAGAUGACCUAACUGGAUUUACAAUAAAGGAAUAUUUCCAUCAUUGCUGUGCUGAUCAUUAACAAUAUUAGAAACUUGCUGGAAAUGUGCAUAUUAUCCUCUCCAAGCCAACAAGAAAACUUUACAUUAUUAACAUACAUUAUUUAACAUUAUUAUUUCUGACAGUCUCCUCCGAACCAUUAGACGCCCUUGUGUUAAUUCGGGAGCUGGGAUGUUGCGGCGUCCCAAGCCCACGGACAGCGAGGCGGAUCUGCUCCGGGAGCAGCAGGAGCUUCAGGCGGCGGGCGGUCAGUCCACUGUCGCUGUAGUGAAGCGCCCUGAUAAACGCAGAGGAGACGCUGCCGCAGCUGAUGCACAGGAUCAGAGAAACCAGAGAGAUGUUGUGACUAUAGAAGAUCUUCCAGAUGAGCUUCCCACCUUGACCCCUGCACCUCCAAAGAAGUCACGCUUCAAACAGGAGCGGGUGCGUUUUGAAGAUGAGGACCCAGGAGAGCGACUGGACAGACAUGAUACCCACAUCAGUGCUGUCCUAUCUAGAAUCAUUGAGAGGGACACGAGUGCAGUACCUGUGUCGCUCCCGUGUAUCACAGGCACUGCUUUCCCUAAAGCCUUGCAUAGAUCUGUAAUGGAAAGUGAGGGGCAGGAAAGAGCUCCUAAAGGAAGAAAAAGUAUUUUUGCACGUCAAAUUGCAGCACAAAGGGCUAAGAAGGAAGAUGUUCAGUCUUUAAAUUGUUCAGAGACUAGAGAUCAGUCUUCUGCAUCUAGACAUGUGAGCCUCUCACCAUUGGAGAAUAUGGAGACUGAGCGACCUGAGUCAAAUGUAAUGGACCGUGUUGGUGGCCCUGUGCUACUUACGGGUCAAGGACUUGGGAUUGCAAAUAGUGGCAUGGAGACAAUGAAAAUCCAUGAGGAGAAUCAGACAAAGUUGCAGGCGAUGUCCCAGAGUGAGAUCCUGGAGGAACAGAGGAAGCUGCUGGCACAGCUUGGCCCUAGAUUAGUAGACUUCGUGAGAUCUCGAAGGGCACAGAGAACCCCAGGAUCUGAGUCAGCGUCUGGUCCUGUGCAAAGAGAAGACUUCCUGAAUGAACCUCUGCCUAACAGCACGUCUCCACAGUUAGACCACACAAUAAAAGCUCAGGAGUCUCAGUGGGAUACCAUGGAGGAGGAUGAGGAAGAUGAGAAUCAGCUUGGAGCUCAACCUCCAAUUACAGAGAAGGAGCUGCCAAUCAAGCCUCAAAAGGAAUGGCUUCACAUGGACAAGGUGGAGCCAGAAAAACUGGAAUGGACAAGAGACCUUCCUGCACCCAGGGAGCAGAGCACCAAAAAAGCUAUGCAAGCACGUUUUGAUUUUGCUGGCACUCUCAUCCCACCCACCAAAGACUUGCCCACCCAUUUAGGCUUGCAUCACCAUGGAGAGGAGCCAGAGCUGGCUGGCUACUCGCUGCAAGAGCUUUUCCUCCUCUCUCGCAGUCAGCUGAACCAACAGCGCAAUCUGGCCAUCAGCACUCUCGCUAAUGUCCUGGCCAAAGCCCGGGCUGGUGAGUACAUUUCCUCUCUGAAGGGCAGCGUCUUGUCUUCUUUAUUGGAUGCUGGAGUCCUCUUUCUUCUGCGGUUCUCCCUGGAUGACAGUGUGGAGGGUGUGAUGUCAGCAGCAGUGCAUGCCUUGCGAGCUCUGCUGGUUUCAUCUGACGGUGAAGAGUGCUUGGAUAAUGCUUUCUCAUGGCUGCUCGGGAUGGCAACCUUUCCUUUACUGCCCACUGCUCAGGAGGAUGAGGACGAGGAUGAUGAAGGCUUGGAUGAGACCAUGAAAGAAACUACUAAAGAGAAAGAAGAAAAAAAAACAGAUCAUGAUGUUGCUAGGCAGGAUGUUGUCAAGGGCUUUCUGAAAAUGCAGGGUCUUCCUCGGCUGCGGUAUAUCCUGGAGGUGGUGCGGCCCUCCCCCCGGGUUGUUCUUGAUAUUCUGGAGGUUCUGAUCCGGAUCGCUCGCCACUCGACUGCUGCAGCAACACAGGUAGCUGAAUUCUGA